AUGGCGACUCAGGCUGCUGCUGCCACUUUCAAUGGAAACUUAAAGAAAGCUAUGGCAGGUAUAAAGCGUAUCAAUCUCGACGGUCUUCGUUGGCGAGUAUUUGAUGCCCGAGGCCAGGUUCUUGGUAGACUAGCAUCUCAGAUAUCAACCGUGCUUCAAGCCAAAGAUAAGCCAACUUAUUGUCCUAACCGCGACGAUGGGGAUAUUUGUAUUGUUCUCAAUGCUAAGGAAAUAGACGUCACAGGAAGAAAGCUCACCGACAAAUUCUACCGCUGGCAUACUGGGUACGUUGGACACCUGAAGGAACGGAGUCUAAAAGAUCAGAUGGCCAAAGAUUCCACAGAGGUCAUACGUAAGGCUGUCUGGCGCAUGCUUCCAAGCAACAAUUUGCGUGAUGACAGAGAUCGGAAACUGAGGAUAUUUGAAGGCGGUGAGCAUCCUUUUGGGGACAAGCCACUUGAGCCAUUCGUGAUGCCGCCUCGUAGAGUGAGAGAGAUGCGACCACGCGCAAGGCGAGCAAUGAUCCGUGCCCAGAAGAAGGCAGAACCGGCAGAAAAUGAAGGAGCAGAGGUAAAGAAAGGCAAGAAGAGGACUCCCUCUCAAGUAACUGCGUAG